UUGAAGUAGAACAUCUUUGGUUGAAUGAGUGGAGUCGCAAACGAUGAUGGCCGCCAUGAUAAACAAGAACUGCCAGAUACUUUGAUUCGUCAGACUAUGGCUCUAAAAUUAUAUUGGACUUUUGUGUUUCUUCUUAUUUUAGCAGGUCGAUCGUUUGCAGAAGAUGGGCAUUGUGAAAUGGAUGAGUUUCUGAAAAGGGAGCAUUCAUUGUCAAAGCUCUAUCAAGGUAGCUAAAUUGUGCAGGAUCACCGGUUAUUAUAGACCCCUUUCUGUGUUUGCAAAAAUUGCCACACGACUCGAGGGCGACGUGGGCAAGUUGGUGGCAGACCAAGGCUCCUCCCAUUAGGAAUUGAUGGGCGACGACAUGGUAACCACAGAGCAGGUGCACCUCACAUCUGACAUGCAGAGCAAGCAGAGGGCAGUGUGGAGCCGCAUUCCCUGUCACUUAAGGGCCUUGGAGUUACAAAUGCACUUUAAGAUUCAUAGCCAAGGAAUGGAGAAUCUUAAUGGGGAUGUACUGGCAAUUUGGUACACCAAGGAGCGCAUGCAGGAAGGACCUCUUCACAGGGCUGGGUGUGUUGGUGGACACGUACCCCAAUGAGGAAAAACACCUAGAGACAGGCGCAGAAGAUGAGGUACACCACACGCACACAGAGGAUCUACCCCUUUGUGUUGGCGAUGGUGUCUGCACCGCCAUGCUGCGCAACCACAAUCACAACACUUCCAUCUUCAUCAAGAUACGUCCUCUGCAGGCCCACGAUAAUGAUUGACAUGGAUGGAGAGACUGCCUGGACAUACCGGGGGUGCGGUUGCCUCAGGGCUACUACUUUGGAUCCUCUGCCAUCACAGGAGAUCUCUCUGGUAGUACUCUCCUCUACUGUGAUUGACAUAGUAGUGUUAAUAAAAUGGCAUUUACAUUAACUGUUUUAUUGCCUAUGAAUUAUCACCUAGUUUUAAUUUAUUGCCUACUUGAUGGUGUUUCAUUGAGGUGUCUAAUUUCCAGUUAGAUGUGGCCAUCCCAGAUUAUUAUCAUGAUAAAUUGUAUUAACUCAUUAUGACCACACUGCCCAGAAUUAAAUUCAUGUGUGUAACGGUUUUCUUCCUGGGAAGGAAAGGAGGACCAAAAUGCAGUGUGGUUAGUGUUCAACAUCUUUAAUAUCGACGAUAAACGAGAACACUACAAAAUACAAAACAACAAAAGUGAAAACCAAAACAGUCCUAUCUGGUGCAAUGACACAAAGACAGAAGACAAUCACCCACAAAAUACCCAAAGAACAUGGCCACCU